GCGUGCGCCCGCGGACCAGGCGUGGUGUUUCAGGAGACCGCGUCGGCUGGCGUCCCCCCUAGCAACGCGGGCCGCGGCGGACCCGGCAGGGCGGGCCCGGCGGCCUCCGCCGCGCUCGGGGCAGGGGGAGCGGGCCGCGGGCGCCGUGUCGGGGAGGGGUUGGCACAGCUGGCACCGUCGCGUCGGUUCCCUGAGUUUCUCGCUGUCCCCCCGCGCUCCGCUCGGCAGCGCGGCCCCUCCGCCGGCGAUCGGGCGCCUUCUCGCCGCCUCCGGGAGGGCCGAGCCGCUCCGUGGCACAUCGCCGCCGCCGCCGCCCGGCUUCGGGGCUGACCGAGGGAACCCGCAAAGAGGAGCGGUUCGGCUUCAGGCGGCGGUGGCACCGCGUACGGCCGAGGGGAGGGCCUCGCCGAGCGGGAGGGGAGCCGGGCGGCGGCGGGAGGUGCGGCCUUCGCCCUGGCUGGGGCUUACUUGCCAACAAAAAUGAUGCAAAAUGUGCAUCUGGCUCCUGAGGCUGAUGAAGAUGAUCUUUAUUCUGGCUACAAUGAUUACAAUCCCACAUUUGACACAGAGGACUUAGAAAAUGAUGUAGCUUUUCAACAGGCAGCAAGAACAAGUCAUGGUAGAAGACCCCCUGUGACAGCCAAAAUUCCUGGUACAUCAGCUUCAAGACCUUUAGCUACUGGAUUUGGGUCAAAGGCAACUUUAACUUCAUCAAUGGGAAGACCAGUGACAGGAGCUAUACAGGAUGGGGUUGCUCGACCAAUGACAGCAGUGCAUGCUGCAGGUUACACUAAGGCAGCUAUGAGAGGUUCUUCAUUUGAUCCUCUUGGCCAAGCAAGAGGUCCUGCUCCACCUCUGGAAAUGAAAAAUUCAGACAGUUCAGAAGAGAAGAUUAGGCAGUUGGAAAAAAAAGUGAACGAGCUGGUCGAGGAAAGCUGCAUUGCCAACAGCUGUGGAGACUUGAAAUUGGCUCUGGAAAAAGCAAAAGAGGCUGGAAGAAAGGAGAGAGUAUUGGUGAGACAGCGUGAACAAAUUGCUGCUCCAGAAAACAUCAACUUAGACCUCACUUACUCAGUUCUUUUCAAUCUGGCCAGUCAGUAUGCUGCUAACGAAAUGUAUGCUGAAGCACUGAAUACUUAUCAAGUUAUAGUGAAGAACAAGAUGUUCAGUAAUGGAGGUAGACUGAAGGUGAAUAUGGGAAAUAUAUAUUUAAAGCAACGGAACUAUUCCAAAGCUAUCAAAUUCUACCGUAUGGCUUUAGACCAGAUUCCUAGUGUCCACAAAGAAAUGAGGAUUAAAAUAAUGCAAAAUAUCGGAGUUGCAUUUAUUAAAACUGGCCAAUACGUUGAUGCCAUUUCUUCAUUUGAACACAUAAUGAGCAUGUCCCCAAACCUGAAGUCAGGCUUCAACUUGAUCCUAUGUUAUUUUGCUAUUGGAAACAGCGAGCAAAUGAAAAAAGCCUUCCAAAAACUGAUUGCAGUUCCCUUGGAAGUGGAUUAUGAUGACAAAUACAUUUCACCAAAUGAUGAUCCACAUACAAAUCUACUGAUUGAAGCCAUUAAAAAUGACAGCUUAAGACAAAUAGAACGUGAGAGGAAAUCCAUGGCAGAGGAAUACAUCAUGACAGCUGCUAAACUCAUUGCACCAGUAAUUGAGACAUCUUUUGCAGUGGGCUAUGACUGGUGUGUUGAAGUAGUAAAAGCUUCCCACUAUGUAGAGUUAGCCAAUGACCUGGAAAUAAAUAAAGCCACUACUUACUUGAGGCAGCAGGAAUUUAACCAGGCACUGGAGACUUUAAAAAUGUUUGAAAAAAAGGAUAGCAGAGUAAAGAGUGCAGCUGCAACAAACCUUUCAUUCCUUUAUUAUUUGGAGAAUGAAUUGGCACAAGCAACUAACUAUGCAGACUUAGCUGUAAAUUCCGAUAGGUACAAUCCUGCAGCCCUAACUAACAAAGGAAAUACUGUUUUUGCAAACGGAGACUAUGAAAAAGCAGCUGAGUUUUAUAAGGAAGCUCUCAGGAAUGAUUCCUCAUGCACUGAAGCGCUUUAUAAUCUUGGUUUAGCAUACAAGAAGUUAAACAGGAUAGAUGAAGCUUUGGAUUGUUUUCUGAAACUCCAUGCAAUCCUUCGAAAUAGUGCCCAAGUCCUUCAUCAGAUAGCAAGCAUAUAUGAAAUCAUGGAAGAUCCCAAUCAAGCCAUAGAGUGGCUCCUGCAGUUGAUCAGUGUAGUACCAACUGAUCCACAUGUACUUUCAAAGUUAGGGAAAUUAUAUGAUAAUGAAGGUGAUAAAUCCCAAGCCUUUCAUUAUUACUAUGAGUCAUACCGGUAUUUCCCUUCAAACAUUGAGGUCAUUGAAUGGCUUGGAGCCUAUUACAUUGACACUCAGUUUUGUGAAAAAGCCAUUGAGUACUUUGAAAGAGCAGCACUUAUCCUACCGACACAAGUGAAGUGGCAGCUGAUGGUUGCCAGUUGCUACAGGAGAAGCGGUAACUAUCAGAAAGCUCUAGAGAAAUACAAAGUCAUUCACAGAAAAUUCCCAGAGAACGUUGAAUGCCUCCGAUUUUUAGUUCGUCUUUGCACAGAUAUGGGGCUGAAAGAAGUCCAGGAAUAUAUGACAAAGCUCAAGAAAGUGGAAAAACUAAAGGAAAUAAGAGAGCAGCGCAUUAAAUCUGGCAGAGAUGGCAGUGCACGUAGCCGCAGAGAAGGAAGUGCUGGUGGUGAUAGCAGUGGUACCAAAGGGGAAAGACUGAGCGCCAAACUAAAAGCUUUGCCUGGGACAAGUGAGCCCUAUGAAAGCAGUGGCACUAAAGAAAUAGAUGCCUCCUACAUAGAUCCACUUGGCCCACAAGCAGAAAGACCAAAAACUGCCGCAAGAAAAAGAGCUGAGGAAGAUGACUUUGCUGAUGAAGAACUAGGAGAGGAUUUGCUUCCAGAAUAGCAUAUGUUCCUCUCAUAACUUUUUCUCCCUUUAAAAGUUUUAGCGGAAAAACUUUAAUCCGUGAUAAUUUUUGUAGUGGGUUUUGAUAAAAUAUUUGUUAAAUACCUUGGUUAUAUGGUAUCUUACAUUAAAAAUGUAAAUUUGAAGUUGCAGUGUCAUUUAUAACUGAUUUUAAAAAAAUAA